GGCGGCGCUAAGAUGAGCAGAAAGGGGAAAGGGAGUGUUGGAGUGGUCUGAGAACCUUGUUUGGGGCCUUGUCUGGCCUUGUUUUUAUGCGGCGACAAUUGCCAGUUCCAAUAAUUUCCAUUUCCCUCUAAUUUGGGUGACAUUUCGCGGCAAACUAAAACCCUUCGUUUUCCCGCUCCUCUUGCACACACUCGUUCACUCACUCACUCACUCACACACUCGUUACUCUUUUUCUUACAUUCGCUUUCAACAGACACUUUUUCUUCCUUCCAAACCUUCAAAUCUCACUUCUAAACCACUAAAUCUCUCAUCCAAACCACCGAAAAUGAAGUUCUCCACCCUCGCCCUCACCACCUUCGCCGCCGCCGUCUGCGCCCAAGACGCGCCCACAACCGUCCACUCGGCCCCCUCCAUGACCGUCUCCCUCCGGCCCGAAGUCUCGUGCGUGAACGCCUGUCCGAUCGGCGACGUCAACUGCCAGGCCCGCUGCGUCGGCGUGCCCUUCCCCGACGAGAACCAGACCAACCAGACCAACGAGUGCGCCGGCAAGUGCGACCAGGGCGACGGCUCCCCCGAGGCCACGGAGAAGUUCUCGCAGUGUGUGCAGGGCUGCAUCUCGUCGUACUUUUUGACUGCGACGGCCGCGCCGACGGCGGGUGGUGCCGCGCCGAGUGGUGGUGCUGCGCCGACGGGUGCGGGUCAGACUACGGGGCCUUCGUCGGGAUCGCCGUCUGAGACUGGUAGCGGUGCGCAGCCGUCUGGCUCGCAGGGCGCUGCUGCUGGAAGCGUGCAGAUGAAUGUUGCGACUGGCUUUGUCGGUCUGUUCAUGGCCAUGCUUGCUCUCUAAGACAGACAUGCACGAUGCCCAUAGUCUUCUAGCUAAGGUAGUCUGUCACCUCUCCACGACAUAAUACGACGGUGUGGUCUCGGACUUUCAUCAUCAUCACGAACGAUACGUCCGAGCUGAGACGACGGUUAUCUGAAAGGGACGCAUUUCAAGGGUUGUAGUAUAGUAGUGAUUCGGCCUGACUGGCUGUAACCCACGCGCCGGGGGAGGGGGUUCAAAUACAUGGUAUAAUAUGGAGUUUUACUUUUCUACUUUGCGCAAACUGUUUCCGUCGUGCGUGUGCGUGCGUGCAUGCGUGCAUGCGUACAUGUAUGCAUAUAUGAACCGAGUAGCGUGCCGAUGAU